AUGGAGAGAAUGAACAGUGACGACAGUUCUUCAAUUAGAAGGCGUUCGUUGAGUUUGUCAAGUCAUAGAAGUCAUCACACAGAUAAUGAUGUUGAUUGUGAGACUGUUUCAGAAGCCGGUGACAUAGGCGAUCGAGCUCUUCCCAGCAGAAGAUUCAGCGAGAGCAACAGUUUCCACUCAGAAAAUGGAACCGCUGUUAUUACAAACUCGUCUGUUAGACCUUUGCCGCAACAACUCUUAUCCACCCCGCCUUUUUCUACUGAUGCAACAGUUACUUCUCAAGACUCAAAACUUGAACCUCCUAAAGGUUUGCCACAGUUACUAGACUAUGUUUCAUGUAUGGCUCACUUGGCUGUUUUUGGAAUUCUUGGGAUCCUCACAAGAUAUUUACUGCAAAAGUUAUUCGGCCCCGGAGUUGCUAAUGUGACAAGCAACCAUACUAUUCUUUACCUUGAUCUUCCUUCUAAUAUGAUUGGUUCAUUUCUUAUGGGAUGGUUUGGUGUCGAAUUCAAAAAAGACAUAUCUCAUGUGUCAGAGCAUCUAGCCAUAGGAAUAACAACCGGUUACUUGGGGAGCCUUACAACCUUCAGUGGUUGGAAUCAAAAAAUGCUUGAACUUAGUGCUUCGGGCCACUGGGUCAUCUCUGCAUUAGGCUUUCUAAUAGGUUUAUCUCUUGUUGUCGUUUCCAUCUUAUUUGGGGUUGAAACUGCAAAGGGUUUUCGGUCCCUUCUCAACCGGCUGAAUUUUACUAGUCCAGAAAACAGUAUCUCUAAGAUCACCUACAAAGUAAACAGCUAUCAUCGCCAACUGACAGUUAUGGUGAUGUUCUUGGUGGUAUUGGGUAUAUUAUGGGGUGUGAGUGGUGCAUUAGUAAAGGCUAAGUUCAAGCAUGGUGGCAGUGCUGCUGAGUUGUGGUUUGCUUGUAUGGUUGGACCUAUAGGUGUAUGGAUUAGAUGGUUCUUAGCGAGGCUUAAUGGGCGUGGGUUAGGAAAGGAAGGUUUGUUUCAAUGGAUACCAUUUGGUACUCUAAUUGCCAAUGUAUCAGCUGCUUGUGUUAUGGCUGCACUUUCAACUAUAAAGAAUGCUGUGAACACAAGGGAUUGUGAUACUGUUGUAGCAGGAAUACAAUUUGGUGUGAUGGGGUGUCUGAGUACUGUUUCUACAUUUGCUGCUGAGUUUAAUGCAAUGGCAAAAACCAAUCACCCUUGGAGAGCAUAUGCCUAUGCUGCUAUUACAAUAUGUGUCUCGUUCUCUUUGGGAAUCUUAAUCUUUUGCAUCCCGUAUUGGACAAAGGGAUAUGACAUUGACACGUAA